AUAUAUAUAUACUACUUUACAAGCAGUGAAGCCACUUUGUCAGCAAAGGAGUUGCAGAAGAAAAUUCUUGCAAGAGCGUAGGAAAUGGAGAGCAGCCAGACCCAAUAUAAGGCUGCCAAUACUGUGGAAGGAAAAGGGGGGAUUGAGAGCGGAGGGAAGGGGACUGAAGUGGCUAACCCAAGAGGUGUGAGGUCGUCGGACUUCCUACUUCGACUACUGGCUUUGGCCACAACCCUGGUGGCGGCCACCGUGAUGGGUGUUGCUAGGGAGACUAAGGUUGUCUCUUUCCCCCUCCUCCCUAACCUUUCACCCUACAAAAUUUCUGUUACUGCUAAGUCUCGCUACUCCUCUGCUUUGGUAUACUUCCUGGUGUCGAACGCCAUAGCCUGUGCUUAUGCAGCGUUGUCUCUGCUGCUAUCACUUGCGAAACAAGCCGGAACCGACGCCUUUUCAUUGGCCAUCAUCGUCCUCGACGUGAUGAUGGUGGGGCUGCUCUUCUCCGGCAAUGGGGCCGCUGCGGCCAUCGGCGUCGUCGGCUACGAAGGCAACUCGCACGCCAACUGGCAGAAGGUUUGCGACGUGUUCGGGACCUACUGUCGCCAGGUCACGGCCUCCAUCGUCGUGUCUCUCAUCGGGUCCCUCCUGUUUCUCUUGUUGGUGGUGCUCGGCGUUUUGAACCUCCGCCGGCGAUCUUAUUAGAUUACAGCAGCUUAGUAUUAUGAAUCUAUUGGCUCUUCUGUGUUUGCCAUGGCGCCGUUUGAGCUAUAUGGUUAUGGGCUUGUGUACUACCGUAAACGUGCUGUACUUGGAUGUUGACUGAUCGGAUUUCUGAUAGGUUUGAGACCACGUAAUUCAUUAAUUGUGCAUUCAAUGUUGCUUCAUGGCUACGGCGGUCUGUCUACGUACCAGUCAAUCAAUGGUAAGCACUCAUUUGAUUGACCUGAU